AUGCAAGAAGUCCCACAAAAGAGGAUGGAGCGGAGAGGGAAUUACUGGAGAGAACUCUCAAUCAAAAAUACUCCACCUAAGGAUGCUUCUGCGGCUCUAUUAGCCAUAGGUUUAAACAGCCAAUCUAGGCAAGACAUGGCGAAGGCAUGGAUUAUUAGCCAGAGGCCACUUUUUGGUGCGUUUACGGAGACGCAUAUUAGUAUAUCUAAUAGUAGUAGAGUAUUAAGUGCUAUCCCGAGGGGCUGGAGGGUGAGUCUCGUCGUGUAUAAGGAGACUGCUCAGUGUGUAACUUGUGGAAUUUUCUUGGAGGCGGAACAGGUUUCUUUCACGGUCUCUUUUGUGUAUGCGAUGAAUCUGCGGGCAGAGAGAGAAACACUAUGGUCUGAACUGGUGGACAUAGAUAUCAACACUCCUCUCGCAAAUUCUCCGUGGGCUAUGGUUGGGGAUUUCAAUCAGAUUCUUAGGGGCCUCCUCUACUCUUGGAGCAACCGACAAGAUUCCUCUCCGGUGUCCAAGAGGAUUGACCACGCGCUUACAAAUGAUGUAUGGGUAACUGCUUUUCCGGACGCUUUCUCUGAGCUGCUGGAGCCUCUUCUGGAUACGGUGGCAAGGGAAUCACGAUUUGGCCUCCAUCCACAAUGUGAGAACCCACUUAUAACCCAUCUCCUUUUUGCUGAUGAUUUGUUGGAUUUCUCUGAGGGCUCCGAGACAUCAAUGGAAGGAAUCAAGGAGGUCUUAGACCAAUUUAAGGUUCUCUCUGGUCUUGAUAUGAAUGCGGCCAAGUCAGAGGUGUUUUUCAGUGGUUAUUCAGAUUCUGAGGCGGCGGCUCUUAGCUCUAUUCUGGAGGUGAAAGUAGGAAGCUUCCCGACGAGAUACUUAGAACUCCCGUUGAACUCGCAGAGACUCUCAAUAGCUGUCUUGGAACCUUUUCUCGAGAAGAUCAGGAAGAAGCUGCACUCCUAUACAGUUAAAUUUCUCUCCUUUGCUGGGAAAAUUAAACUGGUAUCCUCAGUCUUCUACGGAAUGGUUAACUUCUCGAGUCAGGUCUAUAUGUUGCCCAAAGAAUUCUACUCCAAAGUGGACUCGCUUUGCUCAGCCUUCCUGUGGAGGAACGGAACCCAGUCGGCAGUGGGAGCAAGGGUGGCUUGGAAGGAGGUCUGUAAACCGAAGUGUGAAGGCGGUUUAGGCAUCAGAUUUCUUAGUGAAUUUGAGGUGGUCUUCCGUUUGAAGCAGGCCUGGAACUUGUUCACAAAGGAGGAUUCUUUGUGGAUUGCUUGGGUGAGACAGCAUAUCUUCGCAAGAAAGAGCUUUUGGGUAACAAAUGAUGCAGCAAGGUUCUCUAAAAGUAUAAGGAGCUUAUUGCAGAUUAAACCUCUGCUUGCUUCGUUUCUGAGGUGCAGGAUUCAAAACGGGAAAUCAGCGUCUUUUUGGUGGGACGCUUGGACAGAGCUUGGGCCUCUUAUUGAUUUCAUUGGAACAGCUGGACCCCGGCUGUUCAGACUCAGAUCGGAUGCCAAGGUGAGUGAAGCGGUAAGGAAUGGAAGCUGGAACAUACCAAGUGCGAGAUCGGAGAGAAGUGAAGAGCUUCAGAUCCUGCUCACUGGUAUAACCCCGCCUCUUCCUGACAGUGGCAGAGACACGUACCUAUGGAGACUUCCGGGUGGGAGUUUCUCAGAAGUGUUCUCUUCCAAGGAAACUUGGGAACAGUUACGAGUAGCUUCUCCUCGGGUGAACUGGUUUCCCACAAAAGACAGACUGAUCCGCUGGGGAAUGACGGUCUCCGAUGUUUGCCCCUUAUGCUCGGUAGAGCAGGAAUCUCACCAGCACCUUUUCUUCUCGUGCACUUUUUCACGAGAGGUAUGGCUCUUCUUUGUCUCCAGGAUUGGGAAUGAUAAUCCACCACAUAAUCUUACAGAUGUUGUUGACUAUCUGCUUCACCCUCCAAGCACUAGGAACAGACACUCUCAGCUGAUUCUCAAGCUCCUUUUUCAACAAAUUGUCUACGCAAUUUGGAGAGAACGGAAUGCAAGGAUCUUCACGACAACUACAACUCCAGCAGUGGCAAUCAAACGGGCGGUCGACAGAGCAAUCCGUGACCGCCUCCUAAUGUUCCCCUCUACGGAUAGCACUUCUUCUCUACGGAGAGCAAUCCGUGACCGCCUCCUAAUGUAUCAAUUUGCUUUUGGUAUAAAAUCUUAA